AUGGCACUGGUGGCGUCCUGCAGCGGUCUGUACUUUCCGGAUGGUGAGUCUGUGGACAAUAUCGUUACUCUUACGUGGCGGGCCCCAGCCACCGCCUCGGCUCAGCAGCCACGCAGCGUGGUCCUUUUCAAGGUCAAGGCCUCUAAUCCACACAAGUUCUACAUCGUGCCACGGUAUGGAACCAUCUUAGUGAGCGAUGACAGCGGUCGCAAACCUCCACAACCACCAGCUGUUUCGAUUACUUUCGGACUUCGGCCGCAGUCUGACGACCCAUUAGAGCCGCCACCACCGUCACUGCGGAGGGAUAAUAGCGACCGCUUUGCAAUUGAGUACCUUCUCGUCGUGCCCGACGCCGCAACACACGAGCACCUAACUCAGGAACUCUCACGACCUCAUAGAAGGGGUUCCAAUACCGUUGAGACGGCAGCACGAGAGUUGUGGGAGCAAGUGUCGGAAGGUAAACUAAAGGCAACACAAGGUCCUACAGUGUUCCUGCGAGCGUACACGAGAGGUGUUGUUAGGGCUCUGCAUGAGACGCAGGGCCGCAGGGGGGAAGGGUUCAGCGACCAUAGUCAUAAUGAUGGAGGUGAUGAAGCCUCAGGAACCGCUACAAGCAAUGCCUCGACGACGGCCACUGCAAUGACUAUUAGUAACGACAACAAGCACUGCAACAGUGGGGCUGCUGUGGCUGAUGCCUACGGCAGCGCUGUGAGAAACAACAGUGACAAGAAUAGGAGUCACAGGGCACACAACCGUGCCAUUAGCAGUGAUGAGGUCCAGCGCACCGCCAGUAGCGUCAACAGUGGUAGCCAUCGAAGUAGUGAACGUCAUGAGGAGGAGCAGGUGGUUGUACCACCGAAUGCACGACUUGUAACCUCUAUGAUUCACAGAAAGUUAAGUGACCGGCUCCGACGGGAUCCAGCGUGUGCAACUAACAAUGAUGGUGCAGCUGCCGGUCCCACCAGCUCCGCCGGAGGUGGCGAAUUGCAGGCGCUGAAGUUUGGCAUUAAAGCUUUGCGCAGUGGGCCCCGCAUCCACCCUGAAGAGGCAGCCAGUAUCUCGCAAAUGAAAACGCCAGAAGCCGAUCCGGGGAUGGGUGGGGGUAGUAAUAACAUCGCCUCACCAGCAGGCACUGGCACCGAAGCAAUGAACGGAAUUCCUGGUGAGAGCUCAGUGGGGUGCCGCCGUACGGCUGUAGCGGAUGUGAUAAUGCGCAUUCCCCCCGCGACGUCCGCCGUCGCUGCCGUGAAGAAUCAAAAGGGCAUUCCGUUAACCGCCCUUCUCGUCUUGAUGUUUUUGAGUUAUGGUGCUGCAGCUUUCCUAGUCGAACGCAUGGCGUUGAUCUGA